UCUAGCUCUACUAGCUCUUCGGUUCCGUGCUCUGUCCCUUUAAAAAAUCUCGGUACUUUCCGGAGUUGCUCGGCACUGCUCGUCAUCCCCUUUCACUGCGGCUCCAUCGCCGAGCGGACUGGCCCGCUGCUCUCAUCCGAGACCUCAGUGCACAUUGUCGGAUCUAUUAAACCACCGACGCCGGUUCCCUGAAAGCCUUCGGCCCCUGUAGAAAUGCAGGCUAUCAAAUGUGUGGUGGUGGGCGACGGGGCGGUGGGUAAGACCUGUCUGCUGAUCAGCUACACCACCAAUGCCUUCCCUGGUGAAUACAUCCCCACUGUCUUUGACAACUACUCUGCCAAUGUGAUGGUGGAUGGGAAACCAGUGAAUCUGGGCCUUUGGGAUACAGCAGGACAGGAGGACUACGAUAGGCUCAGACCACUGUCUUACCCACAGACGGUAUUCAAACCACCACACACACACACACACACACACACACACACACACACACACACACACACACACACACACACACACACACACACACACACACACACACACACACACACGUUUCACUCUCAACUAGCCAUCUCUCUGGUUCUCUCCCAGGAUGUGUUCUUGAUAUGCUUCUCCCUGGUCAGUCCGGCCUCCUUUGAGAACGUCCGAGCUAAGUGGUACCCUGAGGUGAGACACCACUGUCCCAACACGCCCAUCAUCCUGGUAGGCACCAAGCUGGAUCUGCGAGAUGACAAGGACACCAUUGAGAGGCUGCGGGACAAGAAGCUUUCCCCCAUCACCUACCCACAGGGCCUGGCCAUGGCAAGAGAGAUUGGGGCUGUGAAGUACCUGGAGUGCUCUGCACUGACCCAGCGAGGCCUGAAGACGGUAUUCGACGAGGCCAUCCGAGCCGUGCUCUGCCCUCCGCCGGUCAAGAAGAGGGGCAAGAGGUGCACCAUGUUCUGAGGAGGAAACAUUGCUAAAACACUACACCACAUCACCAUAUUACAACAACCACUACUUCUCUGAGAGGAUUUGAGAGAAAACUAGCAAGAGUGAGUGUACACUGCUGAGAUUGCUUUCUUUAUAUUGAUGUUUUUUCAAAGCGGUCUAUUGGUCUCGUUACCAAUAUUUAAUCCAGUUUUUUUACCAUUACUGAAUAGGCUCAUAGGUUCUCUGUGAAAGACAUUGACUGUCCACCUACUUUGUACUCAUAGAACCACAUCAAAGUUGCCACGAGGGCUGACAAAAGGUUUCUAUUACUCGUCUUCAUACUGCAACAUCUCUUCUUUUUCAGCCAUGCUUGCUUGAAUUAAUGCAGUGUUGACUAGAUAGAAAGUAAAACUAUGAAUACGCCUUCAGGUCUGAAGUUACCCUCAGCUCCUGGUCUAAGAUCAGCAUGUGGAGACCAAAUGCAUACUACUGGCAUGCACACAGAAAUCGGUUGCUACAGACAGUAAAUACAGAGUACUACUGCCCUCAUUCACUAAAUUUCACAAAUAGAGCGCGGUGUCUUAAAUGGAAAUGAUGUGGGUUUUCUACAAGAAAUGAGAACUCUGGAUGAGGAAAUUCUGGUUUUAUUACAACCUGGGUGUCCUUGUUGCAGUUUUAGCCUUCAUUCAAAUCAGUAACAAUGUUGCACUCACCAGAUUUAGGAAGACAAAGUCAGAUGAGUAAAAAAAAAAACACAAGAAAGGGCUUUAACGCAACUCCAGUGAAUCUGGGACCAGGUAGUGUUUCAGUUUAGAAAAGAUGUAUCAUUGGACAGAGUCAAAGAAAUGGGGGUUUAAUGGGGGCCCAGUUGCCUUUUUGUUGUAUUUAACCUUAGAGGUUAAGAUGGCCAUGGCUAUUUCAAUGUGUGCAAUGUAAUUGAUACUGACAGGAAAGACGGACAAAACUAUGAACAUGUUCCACUAAAAGGAAUAUGGUAGAGACUUUGCAUAAUAUUGAAAUAGCAGUUAGAGAGUGUUAACUUUUAACUCCGGUGUCUCUGAGUUCACCACGCUUUUGGCUUUUUUUCAUUUAGCCAAAAAUUAAUUCAGUUGCCAAGGCAAAACUUAUAUUUUUUUUGCUGGAGCUUUCAGCCACACCUUGCAGAAGAGUUUGCUCAAUUCAAGAUUUCACUAUGAGAUGCGGCUGCUAGACUUAGCUGUGCGAAAACUAGUUCUGUGGGUCAUUCACUGGGUCGCUAAUGAAGGCCCAUAAGAUGUGGUUAAAGGCUCUGGGGGGGAAAAAAACAACUAAGUGAACCUUAAGUUGUUUCUACUUCCGAAACAUUUCACUGUUAGCAAGUUGGAAACGGUGCAUGAUCCAAUCUGUGCUAUCCUUUUAUGGUGGGGAAAAAAAAGAAGAAAAAAGAUCUGUUUCUUGAACACAGUUGUGUUCUUACUUUGGACGAACAUCUGAUCUUAGUCAAGUGUCUUUGGGUAACUUCAUCUAACUGUGAACAUGUGACAGACAAGCAUGCCAAACAUGGGGGCUGUACAAACCUUGCUGCCUGAGUUCUGCCUCUGGGGGUGGAGUAGAGCUUGCAUGGGUCUUAAAAUAUUCUGUCUUAAUUUAUCCCAUUGUUUAGAUCUUGUCUCUGUUCCUGUGUGUGCGCGCGAGAGAGAGAGUGGGUCACGGGCGUGCAUAUGUACGCUGGUGUGUCUGUGUACGUGUGUGUGUGUGUGUGUGAGUGUGUGUGUGUGUGUGCGGACGAGCAUGUGUCGGUAUCAGUGAGACAGCUUUGUUUCACAGUUUGGGGUAGUGCAUAAAAGACAGUAUUGUUUUAAGCCAAGUUUUUAAGUGUCCCGUUUUUUGGUACUAUUUCAUAUUGUAUUGUAGUAAUACACAAGACUUUUCAACAAUCUGUGGACAUAAAGAAAGAAAAAAAUGGAUAUUGAUGACAUAUAGUGAUGUACAGAAUAAUCCUUAGAGAAAGGAAUGCGUUAUGAAUAUCUAUCUACAUGUACCUGAAUAUUUAGCUCUUAAAACUAAAACAAUUGAAACUAAAGGGAUUAUAGUUGCUUGUGUUGAAGUUAGAAAUGUUGCUAACAGUGUACAAUAAAGGGGCCAAUCUUUGUGGGGGUUUGUCGUUGUGGCAAACAGUGCGGAUUGCACCUUUAUGAAAUGCAUUUCUGUAUGGCUCCAGGUCUGCAGUGUGUCUGUCUCCCUCGGGUGGUGAGACGCAGCACUGCAGCCCGCCCUGUCACGCUGUCUUUGGUUGGCAUAGCAAACUGUGUGGUUGAAUCAUGUCGUGUGGUCCUGCCUAGCUAAGGUGUUGAAAAGUAGAUGAGAAAAUGCAGCAAAACCAUUCUAAUCUACUAUUGCAUGGAAGUUCUCUGGUUAUUUGACACACUGUAAUUCUUAGGAGAGGUUGUAUGAAAUGCAUUGGCCAUGUACGUAUGUAAUGUAAGCUGACUUGUAUACUUGUUCCGACGGUUUGUCUUAUUUUUUAUUACUUCACGUCUGUGUGGUGAAAUAUUUCAAUUUUUUGUAUACUAAAUACAAAUGUAUAUGUAUGGUACUCCGCAUUCUGUCAUGAUUUGUUCUUCAGUCUGCCUUUUCUUUCCCUUUACAACCCAUAACAACAUAAUAAGUAAAGUACUUAUUGCCCAAUAGGCUAAUUUAACCCUCCUGUUGUCUUCCCGUCAACCAUGAAAAAACAACAACCUUUUGUUGUCUAGCUCAAUGUUUCAGUCACUUUCUCCAAAGUUUUGGAUUUAACAUUUCAGUCUUUUUUUACAUUGUUUUGGUCAGUUUUUUUCAACAUUUUAAUUGCUUUUUCUGGCAUUUUUGUCACCUUUUCAGUGUUUUGGGUGCUUAUUUUUUACGUUUUUGUCACUUUUUCAAUGUUUUGGGUGUUAAUUUUUUUUUACGUAUUUGUCAAUUUUUCAAUGUUUUGCGUGCUUAUUUUUGACAUUUUUGUCACUUUUUUCAUGUUUCGGGUGCUUAUUUUUGAAGUUUUGUCACUUUUUUCAAUGUUUUGUGUGCUUAGUUUUGACAUUUUUGGCACUUUUUCAGUGUUUUGGGUGCUUAUUUGUGACAUUUUUGGCACUUUUUCAGUGUUUUGGGUGCUUAUUUGUGACGUUUUUGGCCAUUUGAACAUUUUGGUGUUUUUUUGAUUUUGUUUCUACAUUUUUGGCGCUUUUUCAACGUCCCAUGCAUAUAUAGGGGCCUGUAUUUUUUUUAAAGUUUUAUUUUGUGCAUUUUAGGCCUUUAUUUGACAGGACACCUGGAGACUGGAAAGGGGAGAGAGGGGGGAAAAGACAUGCAGCAAAUGGCCGCAGGUCGGAGUCAAACCCAGCCCGUAGCAUUUGGGCAUAUGGGGGUGCGGGCUACCAACUGAGCUAUCUUUGGGCCCAAUGUCCCAUUUUUCUGAUACAAAAAAACUUUGAAAACGGGUCAAAUUUGACCCGAGGACAACAUGAGGGUUAAAUCAAAUUCUGGGCAAAUACGAUACAAUAAAUGAGAAUCGAUAGGCUAAAUGAAAAUUAUGCAAAUGAGCAAACAAAAAUACUCUGGUAAAUGUUAAAUAGCUUAUUACCAUUUAAGGUAGGACGUCUUUGUUUGUUUUUUUGUAUUUAGCAGUGCUUAUGCUAUAGUAUUGUUUUAAUUAAUCUGUUUCUUCAAACUAAUAUAUAAUGUUACUAGUCAUGCGACUAUCUUGUCUUUUAAAUUGGUAGAUUAUAGCUUAAUUUAAAAAAAGUUUUGUUCAAUAUAUACACAGAGCUGACACAGUUAGUUGAUUGGUUGAUAAGUGGAUCAACAGAAAAUACCUAUUUGGAUAAUUACAUACCCCAAGUCAUUUUUCAAGCAAAAUGACCAAACACUCUCGUUGGACUCUCUUGUCCAACGUGAGGCGUUGCUGCUUUUCUUCUGCCUAUGUGAUUUAGAUUGUUCCUUAUAGAACAGGCCAUUUAGAGACAUAACCUGAAAAUAAAGAAAAAUGUAACAGACUUUAUCAAUUAAUAGAACUUGAUUAAUCCAAAAAAUAAACAAUUAGCUGCUGCAAGUCCUGGAAAUCCAAAGCUCUGCGUGCAAGGUUUACCUAAGACUGAUUUUGGGCACUACUUUUUAAAUGCACCAAAACAUUUUUACAAUUGUCAGCUGGGAUCAGCCCCCCCCAAGACCCUCUAACAAGAGGUUACAGGUAAUGGAUGGAUUUUUAUAUCCAUAUAUCCAAUUCUAUAUAACACACACUGCGUUUUUUCGGCUUGUGUUCCCUACAAACAAAGCAACGUCUACAGCAUCUCACAUAAAAGUAAAAAAGUGAAGUUUUGUAGAAACCCUGCUAUUUGGCAUGUGAACCCUUUCAAUUGUGACAUCUUUUAGGGGGUCCCGACACUGUCAUACACGGGAUACAGUUUGCUGUAUUUUUGUGUUCUUCCAACAAACUAUUCAAACUAAAUUAUAAAUCAUAUGUAUUAAGUCAAGAUUAUGAAAACCCUGUAUGUUGCCUCCUAUGCAGGAGGAGUUCCAUCUUCAGUAACCUCUGCUUGAGUUACAGAGCAAACCCUGCCCUCCCUGCUUGUUGGACAUGUUCUGCUAUUGCUUUAUCAAAAUGGCCGUUCUAUAUAUUCACAGUCAGAGGAAAAACUCCAGUAAAUUCCUAUUUUAUUAACAACCAUAGACCUAGUAUUAGUUAAAUACCAUGUUUUGCUAAAGUGAUACAGAAUCCUGUUGGUGCCUCAGCCAUUAUGAUUGUAUCCUCUGUGUAAUGCAGUAUAUGUUAAAUAAACCCCUACAUCAUCA